AUGGGCAACAACCCUUCCAAGGGCCCGGUGAGCGAUGCGCCAUCAGCCCAUUCUCACCACAGCUCUGUGAGCGAGCGCAAGGUUUCCCGCCGAUCCUCCCACAAUACGAUCUCAAAUCCCAAGGCCGUCGCGGUUGACCCAUCCGCCACUAAGGAGACAGUCGCUGGGCACUCGGCAGGAUAUCAAAGAUCCUUGCAAGAGCGCAUUCCACCCCGAAAUGCCCCCGAACCUUCACCUAAGAACAUAGAGAAGCCCCGAAAACAUGAUCCACGGACAGUCGAGCCCUCCCCGAGCAAGGACAUCCCAUCUCGCGACCACUCCACCCCGGUCCAGGUCCCGAUCUCGCGCCAUGCUCCGGGGCGCGAUCCUGUGGCACCAUCGGCCCCGCCCCUCAACUCGUACUAUAGCGCAUCGGCACACCUGCAACGUCCACCGCGGCUGCCAUUGCCAAUCGGUGAUGCCAACACCACACCCGGAUCACCCAUCGCCGGCCCCGAGGACUCGCAUAUUCAAUCGCUCCCUGCGGAUCGCCUUUUGAAUGAACAGAUGGAUAUGAAUACUGCAGCUUUGGGUCAUACGACCAUUGAAGAUGAGGAGCUGCUUGAUGAGCUUCAGCCGUAUACCAUUAGCGGAGCCGGCAAGGCAGUCCCAGUAGUCAUUGAAUGGACAGCACCUGCUACGAAGGUUUACGUUACGGGAACCUUUGUUAACUGGGAGAAGAAAUUUCGCCUGCAUAGAAGUGAAAAUAACCCGUCCGUUAUGUCGACUACUCUGAACCUUCGACCUGGCACGCACCACUUGAAGUUCAUUGUUGAUGGAGAAAUGCGCGCUUCUGAUAGUCUGCCAACUGCAGUGGACUUCACUAAUCACCUAGUGAACUAUAUUGAGAUCAGCGCAGACGAUGCUCAUGACAAGGAUUCCGCCGUUCAACCGGGGGCGCAUCCUCCGCAAACCGUGCCGGAUUCAUCUAAGCAGGUCCACCCAAGAGAUUCAGAGGACCGUACUCCAGAACAGGAGGAACUCGAGGAAGAGGUUCCGCCCGGUGAUUUCGGUGAUGCCGUCCCUCAGUUCCUCGCCGAUCUGGAUAAGGAAGAGGAUAGCCCUGAGUAUAUUCAGGCAGCCAAUGUCAUUGGAGAUACGGCUACCCCGCCCAGUCUGCCUCUCUUCUUGGGCAAGUCAAUUCUCAACGGCACAACCCCCAUGAAGGAUGAUAGCAGCGUUCUCAACUACCCAAACCACACGGUUCUGAACCAUCUGGCCACGAGCAGUAUCAAAAAUGGUGUCCUGGCUACAAGUGUGACAACCCGGUAUAAAAGAAAAUAUGUCACCACCAUUUUGUACAAACCAACUGGCGAUAUUACCGAAUGA